AUGAACAUUUUCGGAACCACGUUCGACUACGAGGGGCGCCUCAACCGGCUCCGCAAGGUGAUGGAGGAGAACGAACUCGACGCGUUCAUCGUCCACAACUGGACCAAUCAGUAUUACUAUGGCGGCCACUAUCAGCAUAUGCCCUGGUAUCCGCUUUCCCAUACCCACAUCACAGAAGCGCCCCUGAUCCUGUUCAAGGAUCAUGACCCGGUGUUCCUUAGCGCCUUCAUCACCAUGAAUGCCAUCCGCGAGGGCACCUGGAUCAAGGACGUGCGCGUCAACGACACCGGUUUUGCCAAGAGCCCCGCCGACGGUGUCGCCAAGGUUCUGGCCGAAAAGGGGCUCUCGAAGGGGAAUAUCGGGUUCGAAGAAACCACCUGCACCGCCAAGACCUAUCACAGCCUUGUCGCCGCAUUGCCCGAUGCCAAGCUCAAACCGGCCGGCGACCUUCUGUUCAUUGCACGCUCGGUCAAGGAGCCUGCCGAGAUUGCCUUGAUCCGCAAGGCUGUCGAGAUCGGCCAUUCGGCCAUCGACGUUGCCAUCAAGACGGCCCAGCCGGGCGUGACAGAGAUGGAAGUCCAGUUCGCCAUGGAAAUCGAGAUGAAGCGUCUCGGUGCCAUGCGCGAGGUCGAGACCAUGUGCCAGGCAGGUAUCCGCACCGCCAACUACCGUGCCUUCGCAUCCGAGUGGAAAAAGAUCGAGGAAGGCGAACUCGUCACUAUCGAUCUGGGCGCGCUCUAUCACGGUUAUGGCUUCGACAUCGCCCGCACGUGGUGCAUCGGUGAACCCAAAGAUGAGUAUCGCAAGAUCGCCAACGAUCUCUACGACAUACACGACAUAUUCAUGGACUAUCUCAAGCCAGGCAUGGAGUUCGGUACUGUCUUCGACCAUAUCCGCCAGGCAAUGAUCGACCGGGGGUAUCCGGCCAACAAGGCCGUCAUGCCGUGCCAGCAAUUUGCCAUCCAUGGGGUCGGGCUGGGCCCGUUCCACGAUUUCCCGCAUCCCACGCACCGCGAAACCAUUUUCGAACCCGGAAUGGUGAUCUCGUUCCAGCCGUCGGUUCGCACCGAAACCUAUUCCAUCCGGUUCGAGGACAACAUUCUCAUCAAGGAGGACGGGCUUGAGCUGCUCAGCACCACGGAGCGCAAGCUGAUUUGA